UCUUGUCAGUUGAAAAAGUGAUUUUAAUAAUUUGAUGCACAGAACAGCAAGAAUGGAUGAUACUUGACUAAACUUUCACAGAGUUUUUGCGGGCAUAAUACCUCUCAUAGUUCGAUUUAGUCACUUACAGUUGAUUCGCACGAACUUGUCAACCCGAAGCGAUAACUGAAGAAAAUGUAGAGUAAGAGUAACUAAUAUACUUAAAUUAUUGAUUAAUGAAGAAGUGAUUCACUACUAGUGAAUAUGGUCAAAGAUAAAAUCGACACCGUAUUGGGUCCUGUAGCCGCCAAUGCUCUACAAAAAACCUUGACACAUGAGCAUCUUGCAAUGGAUUUCACAAAUCACUUCGUGCAAACCACAAACACUCACUGGCAAAUGGAGAACUGCUCAUUUACCAUGGAAAACCUCAACUGGAUUCGAAACCAUCCCUAUAGUCAUAGGAAAAAUUUGGUCUUGUCAAGCACAACGAAUGCUGUUGUUGAGGAUGUUGCAUUGUUCAAAAAGGCAGGUGGAUCAACUAUUGUUGAGAACUCAAGUCUUGGACUUGGCAGGAAUGUUCAAAAAAUGAAAUUCAUCUCGGAGGAAACUGGAGUAAACAUUAUUUGUGGGACUGGAUUUUAUGUUGAAAAACAACUCACUGAUGAAAUGAAGGAAUUAACCAUUGAAAGAAUGAGUGAGAUCAUAGUCACAGAAAUAGAUGAAGGCAUUUUUAAUACGGGUGUCAAGCCAGGAAUCAUUGGUGAAGUGGGAUGCUCUUGGCCUCUGACCGACGUCGAGAAACGAAGCAUUCGUGCAGCAGCGAUAUCCCAGGCUCAGACCCAUACCCCUGUUAUGAUUCAUCCAGGCCGUAAUCCACAGUCCCCCGGAGAGAUAUUACGAAUAUUUCAGGAAUCAGGCGGAGAUUCAACACGUACAACAAUGGCCCAUCUUGAUCGCACGUUUUUAGAGGAAUCUGACCUUUUAGAGUUUGCCAAAGAAGGCACUUAUCUGGAAUACGAUCUUUUCGGAAUCGAAGUAUCGUACUACCAAUUUGCUCCGGACAUUGAUAUGCCUAGUGAUGCUCAAAAGAUGUCAAAACUUUGUUGCUUAAUCUCUGAAGGUUGACGACAUGUUAAUUUCAAAUCCCAAAUCAUGGCUCACCUAUGCAUGAAGACGAUCGCAUCGCAAGUUUGAUAUAUUGUGUCAUGACAUUUGCACGAUUUUCUCGCGUCAUUGCAAGGGGAAAAGAUGAAGUAUUGAAAUGACUCUCUUUUUUAGAUAAGUUGGCAAAAUUUGUUUUUUUUCAAAAUUUAGAUAAUAUAAGAAUCCAAGUCAUCAAGUCUCUAAAUACCUAUCAAUUAAAAAUUAAAAUAACAA